GCAAAAAUGUCAACCUUUUUUUGCUGUGAUAUUAUGGGGUAUUUUGUGUAUUUUCUUUUUAAACAUCUAUUUUAGAAUAAGUCUAACGUUAGAAAAUGUGGAUAAAGUAAUUUCCGAAUGCACUGUCUGUGCACUAGAUAAUCACUGUUUCCUAACCUCGGUCGUCUAGGAUCCCCAACAGUACACAGGUUUGUUGUUGCCCUUGACAACUCAUUGAGGGCUUGAUGGGAAUGGGGGAUACCGAGUCAGUUGUACAACAAUGCAUUUAACCCAACCCUUCUGAAUCAGAGAGGUGCGGGGCCUGCCAUAAUCGACAUCCACGUCUUCGGCACCCGGGGAACAGUGAGUUAACUGCCUUGCUCAGGGGCAGAAUGGCAGAUGUUUACAUUGUCAGCUCGGGGAUUCAAUCCACCAACCUUUCGGUUACUGGCCCAAGCUCUAACCACUAGGCUACCUGCCUGAUGAUCAGUUGUGCUUGUCCAGGGUUACAAUAAAAAGGGUUACUGUUUUGGCUACUUGAGAACCAGGGUUGUGAAACACAGAUGAGCCACUGGCUGUAAUUACAUUUAUACACAUAGUAGGAAUGUCUAAUUUUUAGCUACAAUUACUAUUUUAGCAAAUAUGCUAGACAACAUAUUUGGGCGUUUUUAGAUGGUUAAAAAAUAUUGUCUUGGAAAAGUACAGUUUGGACCUAAAAUGCAGUAUAUAUCUGUGAAUUUGAUUUGACACUUAGGAAACAAGUCAGGGAAGACCGAAUGACUUAUCUGUGCCGUCACAAUCUGUAAUCAUAUCUUCUCACUGCAAGGACUUCAACAAAACUGUAUCGACUCAUCCAAAUUGUAGUUUCUACAGCGAUUCAAACCCAUGCAAUAAAACCCACAGUACAAUAUUUGAAACUCCUGGUGAACGUCCUAAGGUAUAUUGCUGCUCCCUGGUGCUUUAUUCCUGCACCCCUAACAGGAAGGAAGCGGUAACAGAAGGCCUCUGACUGUGACAGCUCCAGUGGGUGGAGCUACAUUGGGCCCCUCUCUCUACCCGCUCAGCACUGAUGGGACAGAAUCCUGAAUCCUUGACGACCCCUCUUUCCUUCUCCGCCCUCCCAGGCUCCACCCCCUUUCUCCUCUCUCCUUAGACUCUCCUCCUCCCCCGGUCUCUUCUCUCAGCGCUGGGAUCAUUACUCAACCCCACUGAAGAAUGGAACACAGUAGCUGGCAAGGAUGAACUGGGUCUGCCUGCCAAUGCAGAAAGGGAGAUAAGAGGGAGAAAGAGAGCGAAAGAAAAGAGCGAGAGAAAGUUCAAAACCUGUGAGUGAAAGAAGAGAGGAACAUAUUAAAAAUGCCCAUGAGGGAUAACGUCGACAACUGCACUUGAGUAGUAUGAGCUAGAAAGCCUCAGCAAACCUGCCCACCUGGAUGUGUGGAUCUGUAGACACACACACACACACACACACACACACACACACACACACACACACACACACACACACACACACACACACACACACACACACACACACACACACACACACACACACACACACACACACACACACACACACACACACACACACACGUCUGUCUCAGUCACAGCAGAAGACGGCUCCUACCCUGCCCUACACUGUGGGGUGGUGUUUUCAGCGUUAUUCCCUGCCUACCAUACCUGUGUGAGGAGUGGUGGAGAGGAAAUUCAGCAACUCUUAGAGGACAGUGGAAGCUGACAAAAAUGCUUCUAUGUUAAAACCAGCAGCCCGUAACCUUUUAUCAGGGUUUUAGUAGUGAACAGGUCACCACAACCACCAUGCCGGCUAAAGGGAAGUACCUGUUAAAUGACCAGGAGCUGAAACAUGAGGCCCUGUACAGGAAGUUCUCCUGUAUCAGCCAGUACCAGCCUCUGGUGCUGCUACUGGGCCUCUCCAUGCUGUCCUGCGGAGUCCUCAUCAUCCUCUUCUUCGCCCUGCACCUGAGUGCGGAGGAGCACUGUGCAUUUGUCAGCGUGGUGAGCUGCAGCCUGUGUGUGUUCCUGGCUGUGUUUGUGUUGGUGUGUACAGAGACCCUGACCCAGCGCUGGAGGACACUGCUGGGUCUGGUGGUCUGGGUCACUCACCUCACCAUGGGAUUCACCUUCAUCUUCAGCGGACCCCUCAUUCUGCCCUGGGACCAGGUUCCCUUCUUCCUGUUCAUCAUCUUCACAGUGUACACCAUGCUGCCUUUCCAGAUGUGCUAUGCUGUGGUACUCAGUGUGAUCUCCUCACUCUCUCACAUCAUGGUCCUCACUCUACGCCUCACUGUCUUCAACACCCAAGAUCCCAGCCCCUUUCUGGCCAAUCAGCUGCUGUCCAAUGCGGUGGUGUUUCUGUGUGGCAGUGUGGUGGGGGCCUUCCAUAAGGUCCUGAUGGAGAGAGCACUAAGACAGACCUUCCAGGAUACACUCAGAUGUCUGGGCAUCCGCAUGAAGCUGGAGAUCGAAAAGAGACAACAGGAGAACCUGCUGCAGUCUGUGCUGCCGGUCUACAUCUCCAUGAAGAUGAAGCUGGCCAUCAUGGAGCGUCUGCAAGACUGCAAGGACAAAGAAGAGCAGCAACGACUCGUCAAAGACAACAACUUCCACAGUCUCUACGUCAAGAGACACGAGAACGUCAGUAUUCUGUAUGCUGACAUUGUGGGCUUCACCCGAUUGGCCAGUGACUGCUCUCCGAAGGAGCUGGUCAUCAUGCUCAACGAGCUGUUUGGGAAGUUUGACCAGAUUGCAAAGGAGAACGAGUGCAUGAGAAUCAAGAUUUUGGGAGACUGCUACUACUGUGUGUCUGGCCUGCCUGUCUCCCUGCCCAUGCAUGCCAAGAACUGUGUGAAGAUGGGUCUGGACAUGUGUGAGGCCAUCAAACGAGUGCGCGAGGCCACAGGUGUGGACAUCAACAUGAGAGUGGGCGUGCACUCCGGCAACGUGCUCUGCGGUGUGAUUGGCCUCCGCAAGUGGCAGUUUGACGUUUGGUCACAUGACGUCACCCUGGCCAAUUAUAUGGAGUCUGGAGGCUUACCUGGGCGCGUCCACAUCACUGAGGCCACCCUGAAGCACCUGAACAAGGCCUAUGAGGUGGAGGAGGGGAACGGUGGGCUAAGAGAUGCCUACCUGAAGGAGCUCAACAUACAGACAUACCUUGUCAUCGAUCCUCGGUCUAAGAACCAGGCUCUGAACAGCCACAGCAUGCCCAAGCCGCGUGUGAAUGACGGGCUGAAGAUGCGGGCGUCAGUGAGAAUGACCCGUUACCUGGAGUCCUGGGGCGCCGUCAAACCCUUCGCCCACCUACAGAGCAGAGAGGGGUACACCACAGACACCAUGGUCAAUGGAAAAUCACGCUGCAAGGACAUCCCUCUGCGCACAGCUCACUCGAAGAUCACUGAGAGCUUUGAUGUGUCUGUAGAGGAGCCCAUCUCCUCACCCGCCCCUCUGCUCAGCACCUAUAAGAACAAGUCCCAGAAGAGCAAGUUUGAUGAGGAGCUGCACAAUGAGAUGACCACCACCAUCGAUGAGCUCAGCAGCAAACAGUGGGUGAAGUCUGAGGAGAUUAGCAGUCUGGCUGUGUGGUUCCCUAAGAAAGAGCUGGAGAAACAGUACCGGGCCAUUGAUCUGCCCAUGUUCAAGCACUACAUCGGCUGUGCCACCUUCAUCUUCUUCUGCAUCUUUGUGGUUCAGAUGUUUGUGACAAAAGAUUCCAAAAUGUUGGGAAUGUCGUUUGGAGUGCUGGCCUGUGUCCUCCUGUUGACCCUGGGCAUCUGUUUCGCAGGUCACCUGCAGCGCUUGUUUCCGGAGAAGUUGUCGUCCUGUCAGUGGCUGCCUGCUGUGUCCGAGGCAGUGGUCAAGAGGCCGUGUGUGCGCCUCCCUCUGGUCACUAUCACCACUGCGGUCAUCAUCAUCCUAGCAGUCUUCAACCUGUGCUUCAUCCAGACGAAGUCACCGUGUGAUAUCAAUGGUAACCCUGAUCUGAUUCCAUCUGACAACUCCAGUGAGCAGCAUCCAGGCAGCCUGUUCUACCUGCCGUACUCUGUGUUCAGCUGUAUCCUGGCUCUCAUAGCUUGUGGAGUGUUCCUGAGGGUGAGCUUUGAGCUUAAAGUGGUCUUCCUCACCCUGGCCUCCACAGCCUACUACAUCAUCAUCCUCAGCGCCAAGGAUGGUCUCUUCAGCUGCUAUGGACAAAUGCUUUACAACCAACUCAAUGAAAACAGAACUGAGGACUCUGGGACCAUUCUGAGAGCGUUGGGGCUGGUCAAACACCCUGAGGUGAUGAGCUGUAUAUACAUCACCUUGUUCCUGGUCACCAUGCUCAUCAUCUCACAACAGAAUGAGUCAUGCUUCCGCCAGGACUUCCUUCUGAAGAAUAAGAACCGUACGGAGCAGGAUGAGAUCGAGACCAGGGAGAACCUGAACCGCCUGCUCCUGGAGAACGUGCUGCCGGCCCAUGUGGCUGCGCUGUUUGUUGGGGAGAAUAAAAAGAACGAGGUGGGAUUCCUCACAAACACUUUACUUACUGAGAAGUACAAGGACCUGUACUACAAGUCAUAUGACUGUGUGUGUGUGAUGUUCGCCUCGGUACCAGACUUCAAAGAGUUCUACACGGAGUGUGACAUCAACAAGGAAGGCCUGGAGUGUCUGAGGCUCCUCAAUGAGAUCAUAGCAGACUUUGAUGAGCUGCUGUCCAAGCCCAAGUUCAGUGGAGUUGAGAAGAUCAAGACCAUCGGAAGCACUUAUAUGGCAGCCGCUGGGCUGAGUGGCACCCCAGGACAGGAGAAUAACCAGGACCGAGAUAGGCAGCAGGCACAGAUGGGGAACAUGGUAGAGUUUGCCAUUGCCCUCAUUGGCAAGCUGGAUGGCAUCAACAGACACUCCUUCAACAGUUUUAGACUGCGUGUGGGCAUUAACCAUGGGCCUGUUAUUGCUGGGGUGAUUGGAGCCAGAAAACCUCAGUAUGACAUCUGGGGCAACACCGUCAACGUGGCCAGUAGGAUGGAGAGCACUGGAGAGCUGGGCAAGAUUCAGGUUCAGUACAACCUAGUAUUGUCCUUGCUAGUCUGGCUGGAGAGAUUAACCACACAAAAAUCAUGGCUGCAUGCAUUCAGCAUAGUAAUGUUUUUCUUGUUCCUUGCUUCGUCUGUUUCUGCUCCAGGUCACAGAGGAGACGUCGGACGUGCUCCAGAAGCUGGGCUACUCCUGCGAGUGCAGAGGCCUCAUCAACGUAAAGGGGAAAGGCGAGCUGACAACCUUCUUUGUGUGCACGGACAUGAGCAAGCAGCAGGGAAUGGGCCUGAGCUGAGGUCUACGGUGAGCACACUACUGUGUGUGGACUCUGGGCCUGGUAGCGCAUACGUGUGCUGGGUCGGUUACAGGACAGUCUAGCAUUCAGCACAGACUAAUUACAUGAACGCACAUAAGUUAGCAUGCUUAGACUAAACCUACCGGAGCACACAAAUAUAAUUCAUCCCAGUGCUUCAGUCAGCGAUGAUCCUGACCAAACCAGAUCAAGACUUGAAGACGAGGUUAUAUUUUGGAUUAUUUGUGUUUCCAGGAAUCCCUUUGGGAGAUUCUUCAUUGGAAAUAAAUGCUUAGUGCUGCUGAUUUAUAAAAAAAGAAAAUUGAGAUCCAGUUCUAAUGUAUGCAUUCAAUUAGACUGACAUGGAGGUUACGUCAAGCACUGGUCGUCGUCAUACUGGAUUCUAUCACCUAAUACUCCUAGAACCUUGUUGGAAUCAUGAGAUGCACGAAAAACAUCUUCAGUCUGCUCAAAACUGAGCUGUUUAUCAAGCAAAUGGUGAAUAAAACAAUGGAGUGAGUGCUGCUGCA